ACAUGGCAGCAGCUGCUGAUCAUAACAAUACAACGAGGGAUAUACAAGCGAGCCAACAGCAAUUAGGCGGUAAAACGCCCAAAAAACUUAAAUCACCCAACAAGAAAGAUAAGCUACUUAAUGUCUCCUAUAUAAAUUCAUUUUGCUCGACAAAUUUAGAAGUAGACGAAGGCGAAAACCUAAAUUUUGCUAAUUACAACGAAGAAAAGUGUCCACAAUGCAAUAAAUCUUUUGCAUCAAUAAGUGCCUUAAAUUCCCAUUUAGUAUUCCAUUCAAAUGUACAUUGUCCCAUUUGUAAACUGGAAGUAACACAGAAUUUCUUUAUAAAACAUAUUCUAAAGCAUGAAGGUGAAAACUGCUAUCCCUGUCAGUCGUGUGGUAAAAUAUUUUCCAAUCUAGAAGAACGUAUGAAACAUUGGCAUAGUCAUGCCCAGGAGAAACCGUUUGCCUGCACUAUUUGUUUUAGACGUUAUGGUAGAUUGCAACAUUUAAGUCGUCAUAUGAGAGGUCAUAUGGAAUACGAUUGUAAUUUGUGUGGUAAAACAUUUAAAUCAGUUGCAGAAUCUGCCAAGCCACCGCAUGUCUGUAAGAAAUGUAAAAAAUCAUUGAAAUAUAUUCCUUUGAGUGGUGAAUGGGAAAAGAAAGCAGCAGAGGAAGCCGAUUACAAAGAAUAAGUUUACUUAAUAACCACUUUUGAAAUUCCAUAUUUUUGCCACUUUUAAUAGAAACUGCUUAAUUUUUAUUUUUAAAAGAAUUAUAUGUUUAAAUUUAAAAAAAAAAUACUUUUUAAUAUAUUUCCAAAUUAAGGACUUUUCUAAAACCUUUUUGGAAAUAUAAUUUUUAACAGAAAUUGUUUAAGUUUUUUAUAUUAAUAAAUUUAUGUGCUUGAAAAUUUA